AUGUUCUCCAAAACUCAGAUUCUCGCUUUCGCUCUCUCCCUUGCCUCCGCCGAGGCCGCCUCCAAGGGCUUCAACUAUGGCAACAACAAGCCUGAUGGCAGCCUCAAGGCCCAGGCUGAUUUCCAGUCCGAGUUCCACACAGCAAAGAACCUCGAGGGUACCUCGGGAUUCAACAGUGCCCGCCUCUACACCAUGAUCCAAGGUGAAGGCAGCUCCCCCAUCGAGGCCAUCCCCGCCGCCAUCGCCGAGGAGACAACCUUACUGCUCGGUCUCUGGGCAUCUGGUGGAAACAUCGACAAUGAGAUCACGGCCCUGAAGGCUGCCAUCGACCAGUACGGUGACUCCUUCUCCAAGCUCGUCGUCGGUAUCUCCGUCGGCAGCGAGGAUCUCUACCGCAACUCAGAGAUCGGCGUGCAGGCCAAUGCCGGCAUCGGUGUCGAGCCCGAGGAGCUCGUUGGAUACGUCCAGCGCGUCCGUGAGGCCGUCUCCGGCACCAGCCUCAGCGACGCUCCCAUCGGCCACGUCGACACCUGGAACUCGUGGACCAACGGCUCCAACAGCGCCGUCAUCGAGGCCGUCGACUGGCUCGGCUUCGACGGCUACCCUUACUUCCAGAGCGAGAUGGACAACUCCAUCGACAACGCCAAGAACCUCUGGAACGAGGCCGUCGGCAAGACCAAGGGCGUUGCCAACGGCAAGCCUGUCUGGAUCACCGAGGGAGGCUGGCCCGUCAGCGGCGAUAAGCAGAACCUCGCUGUCGCUUCCAUCGAAAACGCUAAGAGGUUCUGGGACGAAGUUGGCUGCCCUCUGUUUGAUGAGGUCAACACCUGGUGGUACAUCCUGCAGGACGCCGCUGGUUCCUCAACCCCCAACCCCAGCUUCGGCAUUGUUGGCAACAGCCUUACCACCAAGCCUCUCUACGACCUGGGCUGCGGAUCCAAGUCCUCUACCGGCGGUGGUGCCACCACCGGUCGUCAGACCAGCUCUGGCUCUGGCGCGGGCUCUGGCGCCAGCUCUUCCGGUUCCGGCUCUUCUGGUGCCGGCUCUUUUGGUGCCAGCUCUUCUGGUGCCAGCUCCUCUGGUGCCGGCGCUUCCACCGUCUCUGCUUCUCCCUCUGGCUCUGGCUUCUCCUCCGUUGCUCAGGGCUCCUCGACUGCUUCCGCCUCUCCUUCCUCCUCCAGCUCUGGCUCUGGCCUCGGCAACGGCGGUUCUCUCGGCUCCUCAGGCUCCUUCGGUGGUAACGGCGUCGGCAGCUCCUCCAGCAGCAUCGUCAUCUCCCCCUCCGGCUCUGCUACUGCCACUCCUUCCUCUAGCGCCGGUGCCGGCUCUUCCGGUUCCACUGGUGCUGGCGCUGGCUCCGGCUCUGGCAAUGGCGCUUCUGGCUCCGGCUCUGGUUCCGGCUCUGGCUCUGGCACUGGCACCUCCGAUGAGUCCACCAGCAGCACCAGCCCCAGCCCAUCUGAGUUCACUGGCGCUGGUACUCGUCUCUCCGGCUCCAUCUUCGGCGCGGCUGUCCUUGUCGCUGCCCUUGCGGUUGCUCUCUAG